ACAUAGAGUAUUCAAUUCAGCACUCGCUGGCUUAGUCGCUUGUUGUUAGCAUUAAAAUGGACGCUUUUGUCAUCAAGUGUUUAUUUUGAAGAGUGGGAUGAAAUUUUGAAGUUUUAAGAACCUCUAUAUUAUAUGAUAAAUUUUCAGUGUAACAGUGGCAGCAACAAACACUUUCAUAUGUGGUAUUCGCAGAUUGAAAUACAUAAAUAAUGCACACAAAUUUUCCUGCCCACCAACUCUCAUGCUCCAUAAAACUGGCUCUAUUAAAAGAAGAUGGAUAACAAUUCUGAAAGUCAGAAGAACCUUUCAGAGAUAAAUUUUUCAACGGCUACUGAUGUAUCAGAUUCUAAGAGUGAUCCCCCACCAGGAUCUUCUCCAAAAAAACCGAUCCAACUAGGAGUAGUUCAGAGCUCUUUAGGAAAUCGAACUUCUACAAGCAGUUUCAAUAAAAAGAGUCGUUGGGAUCAGGCACCAGAAUCUGGUGAAGAAACGGAAACAAAAGAGUCUAAAACUGAGUUGCAAGAUGUUGAACAGAGCACCAGUGUAAAACAUUUGAUUCAGAAGUUUGAAAACAUAACUGGUGAUUCCCAGUUAGUAGAAAAACAAUGUGAAGAAUUACCCAUAAAACCUGUUGCUGCUCAUACGAGUACACCUUCACGUGUCAAAUUAGUCCGAACUAAUUUUAUGAAAAUAGACAAACCCACACCAAAUUUAGGCAAAACUGGUGCUGAUGAUCUUGCUGCUUCAAGCUCUCAAGGAAAGGAUAACAUUUUAAAACAAUUAACUCCCCAAACUUCUACUACAGAAGCUACUGAAAUAAAAGAUAUUAAGUCUGUUACCCCUAGUACUGCUUUAGAAAUAAUAAGUUCUUGUUAUGAUUCCCCUUCUGACGAAUCUUCUCAAGAUACUGAUAUUUCUUCUACAUCGGGUAAUAAAACUAAAGAUAGUGUUUCUCUUGAAAAGUUAAAUGAUCCUCUAAAAGAUGAUACAAAUAUAGAAAGCAAAAGUGACAUACAUACAGAAAAAAAUUUAACAUCUGAAAUUAACGUGGAUACUGACAUUCAACUUGAUGAAGAUUCAUCCAGUAGAAGUAGAAUAAGUUCAAAAGAAGAUACUGUUGAUUUUGAAGUCGUUACUGUUGGAGAUGUUUCAUCUUAUACCCAAUCAUUAUCAGGGAAAAAUACCCCAAUUGAAGAUAGCACGAAAGAAAAGACUCAUCCUUGUAAUAUCAGAAAUACUAAAAAUGAUAUAAACUCUAAGAUCAACUUAAGCAGUGUUGGCGAAUUGUUACCUCAACCUAGUACUUUUGUUAUUCAUGAAAUAAAAAGUGAUCCACUAACAAAAUCAGAUGGAAAUGUCACUGUAUCAAGUAAAGUUUUAGAUCACACACAAACAUCAGAAUUGAAAAAUCCUGCUAUUAAUAAGGAAGGUAAAUAUCGAGAACUAAAUGAAGAUUCACCAAAUAAUGUAAUAGGAAAUGAUGACAGUGAUUUAAGUGAAUUUUCAAAAGAUGUCCAAGAGGAAACAGUUAAUCCUCCAAAUGUUAGUAAGCUUGUGGAUACAAAAACUGCACAAAAAAGUAUUUGUUCAAUAGAUUUGUCAGAAAAGUCUGAAACUGAUGAAGAUAACAGUAAAUUACUUACCCAGAUAACACCUGCAACUGAAAAUAUAUCUUCUCAAGACCAACUAGAAACUGGGGAAAGUAAAACAGACAUUAAAACCUCACUUGUUGAGGAAAAUGUUCUUUUACAUGAGGAAAUUAUUGAAAGCAAAACUGAAGGUAAUAUUGAUGGAGGACAAAAUAAUAUAUUAAAAACAGAUGACUCGUCUUUAAAAACAUCUGAAGGAAAUAAUGCAAGUGUUUCCUCUUUUGGUAGCUUCAGUGAAAGUUCUAGUAAAAUCUAUGGAACAGAUGUUAACUCAAAGGACCAAAAACCAAGUUCAUCAAGCAUUACAUCUAAUGAAUCAGAGAAAAAAGAAUAUUUCGAACUUCCAGUUAAUGUAGGGAAAACACCAGUGAUAGAAGAGGUUUGUGUUAAAAAACAUAUGUAUAUUACAGGAGAUAAUAUUAACAUUUCUGAAGAUAUUAAUCUUAAUGAAAAUAAAGACAUUUUAACAGACACCAUUGAAAGUAACACUACUGAAAACAUAUCUUUGUACAAUGAUGGAGUUGAUGCAACUAUGGAAAAAAUGUUUUCAGAUAAUUUAGAGAGUGGAGAUGAAAUUUUAGCCCCAGUUGAAGAAAGUAAUAAAGAAGACACAAUUCUUUCUAAAUCUAUUAAGUCGCCUAAAGCAAGUGUGCUGUCUGAAGAUAUACUUUCUACUAAUGAAAAUAAAGAAACUUCGUGUUUUGAAAGAAAUAAGAAUAAAAUUAUUGAAACUAGUGAUAGUUUGUUAGAAAUGUUAGAAUCUGAAAGUUCCCCUAGUUGUAAUGAUACAAAAAAAGACAUUCAUCAACAUCAUACCAAAUUACAUAUUCCUAUAACAGGAACAAAUACACUAAAUGAGCCAGACAUUUUGACAAAGACAUUAAAUUCAUACAAAGAGGAAUCAUGCGUAUCAAGUGAAGAAAACAUUUCAAUUGAUAACAAAAAUAAUUUAGAAGUUGAAACAACUUCAGAACAUCAACAAAUAACAAGAAUUAAUGUUGAAGAUAGUUUAAAAUCAGUUAAUAUUGAAACCAUAGAUAUAGAAAAGUGUAGCCAAGAUAAGUCUAAAAUGUCUCCUCCAAAUAUUCCAAAAUUUGAUGCUACAGUGGAGAGUUUGGUACAUAAAGACACAGUGUUGCUCUCACCAGAAAGGAACAAUGACAGCCUAAAUGCUGAAGUAACAAAAGAGCCUGCAAAUAAGCGACCAGUAAGUUUUGAACAGUCAGAAAAUAUAGAAGAAUCUAUUAUGUUAAAACAUUCUGAAAGUGCAGAAGACCUACAAAAAACAGGGCUACAAGUAGAAACAAAGAAAGACUCCCCUUCUAUCAAAAGUAAUAUUCUUAACAUUGGAGAAAUGGAUACAAAUGAUUCCUUGAUUAACUCGAAAGAUAACCAGUUAAAUACAGUGGUCAUAUCUACAGAAAUAGAUACUCAACUCAAUAUAACUCCUAGUAAAAUUGAAGCUGAGAGUAAAGUUAGAAAGCCUGAUUCUAUCCUGGAAAAACUUGCUGAAGAAAAACAUUCUUUGAUAAAUAUUGAACGAAAUGAAGAAUUGGAACAAAUCAUUGAAGAUACAGAAAUUUAUGAAACAUCUGCCAGUACACAUUUGUCAAGUUUAGUCGAAGAGGAUGACACACAAAAAAGUAAUUGUGUAAAAGGAGAUGGGAAGAGUUUUGAAGUAUCCACCAAAGUAAAUGAAACAAUCAAAGAACACUUUUCUGACAACACUGUUGUUUAUUCCAAAGAUUAUGAUUUGCCUUUAAAUGAAGACCAUUCUGAAAGUAUGUCUCACAAAGAAACCCAAAAGGAAAAUACUGAUGUAUUAGCUACUGAUCAAAAUAAAAUUGAAGAAAUAGUGUCACAAUCAUUUGUUGAAAGGCAGACAAAGGAAGCAAUGGCUCCAACUGAACAGGAUCCUACUGUUGUAGCUGUUCAAAGUGAACUAUCACCAUUUCAGAUAAAUUUGAAAUCGAAUAAUGAGGAAAACAAGCACUUUCUAACAGUUGAAACAUCUGAACUGAUAAAUAAUGCAAUCAUUGAUAGCAAAACCCUUUCAUCUGUAGAAACUUUAGAAGUCAACAAUGAUAUAUCUCUUGAUGGAAAUAGAGAGAAUAUAACUAUAGAUAUAACUGAAGAUAACUUAAUUCAAAUAGAAGAAUGUGAAACCCUAGAAUCUGGAAAAUUAGAGAAACAUACAUCCCCUAAUGACGGAACAUGUAGUUCUCAACAACACUUGCUAAACAUUGACAGCAGUAUUGAAGAUAAAUUGCUGUCUCCUGAAAAAAAUUGUACUUCUAAAAUUAAUCCAGUUGUAAAUCCUUCAAAUAAUGAACAAAUUAGCAUGUUGGAUUUAAGAGAAACAGGGAAUCUUAGUAUUCAUGAAGAUAUUGAGACAGAAAAUUUACAAGUAAACACUUUGGAAAGUGAAAUAAAGAAUAUACAAAACACAACGUCUUUGAACACUGAAUUAGAUGAUUCUUGCAAUAUAAUGUUGCAAAAUACAACAGUUGAUAUCGAAGAAAAACAACAGCACAUGGAAAUAGAAACAUCCAUGGGGGAGCAACCUAUAAACUGUUCAGAAAUAAUAUUAAAAGCUGAAAAUAAAGAUUGUAAGGGGAUAGUACAGGAAGUAAAACUUGUUACACAACCAAAGCCAGAUGUACCAGUUGUAGUUUCUUCAAAAGAGGAAAGCAGAAAGAUUGCCUUGGAGAGUGAGCAUAGUUUAGAAAAUAAAUCAAUGUAUGAUUUCGAUAAACCAACAUGUUCAGGUGAGGGAGAUUCUGAAGCAUUUAUAACUGAAGAAGCUGAGGUAAAACAAGAAGAUAUAGCAAUAAACGAGUCUGACAGAAUGGAAGAAUGUUUACAAUUAAAGAGUGCUGAUAAAGAUAAGAUGCCUGAUUCCAAAGAUGAAGGUAACAUGAGUUUGGGUCAUAGUAACCAAGAAGAAAUUGAUGAGAUUAUGAUCACUGAAGUUAAAUCUAAAGUUGAUGCAGAAUCUUUGGCUGUGGUAGGAGUGGAAGAUGUACCUUGUGAGCAGUCUGUUACCUCUCCAAAAGAAAAUUCAUCUUUUGAUCACAAAACACUAAUUGACACUAAAACAGAUGUAAUUGAUUCAAACAAGGAAAAAUAUAUAGGUGAAAGCAGCCAGUUAUCCAGUCAUAUUCAAAUGGAAAAUUGCCAAGUCAUAGAUAUUAAACAUUCAGAUGAAUUACAUUUAGAUAGAAAGUUAUCUCAAGUAGCUCAACCUGAUACAAAAGUAGAUCUAUCUGAGCUUGACAAUCUUCCUGAUAAAAAUUCAACUAAGUGUCUUGAUGAAGAGGAGAACUUGGAUAAAUUAAUACCUGAUGUUUCUAAUGACACAACAGAAAUUACAUGUGAUGAUUCAGAGGCUGAAACAAUUCAGGCAAUAGAUUUAUUUCUACAAGAUACAGAUAGUGAAAACAAAGAAGAAACAGAACCUAAAACAAAUAAAAAUGAUGAUAAAACAGAAAUGGAAGUAUUUGAUUCUCGUGACAAUACAACUCAAAAAAUUGAAGAUGUAGAUAUAGACCCAUCUCUAGAACUGAGAGAAAAUCCAUUGGUAGACAGAGAUAGUGAAAUAAAUGAGGGUUAUAUGGAAACAUCACAGGAAAAAGAAAUAUCCAAGGAUAGAACAGUUCAAAAGCAAUCUGAGAAUUUGCGUGAUAAUUUUUCAGAUGAAGAAAUAUUUGAUCAAAGUCCAAACAUGAGCUUUGAUCAAGAAAUAAGUCAAACUGGUAGCAGCCAUAAAGAAGAAAAUGAAUGCAAGGCUGAAGAACAUUUGAUUUAUAAUCCUGAAAAUGUAUCUGACAAAGAGAAUUUAUUAAAAGAGGUGCCCGAAAUUGUGGAAAGUAAUACAAAAUCUAAUUUGCUACCACAAUCACCAAAUAUCCUUGAGCCUGAUAGUAUUUCUUUAGAUAUUAAAGACUCUAGUUCUAAAGAAAAUGAAGGUGAAUUGGAUGAACCAGUCAAAAACAGAGAAUCAAGUACAAGAGAACCUGAAAUUGUAACUAAAUCUUGCUCUGGGCAAGAUAAAUUAGUAUCUUCAUCUCCACUUGAUUUUCAAGUCAAACAUUUGUCAGCAGAACUUGAAGUUGAAUCUACUGCUAAAUCUACAGAUAUAGAAAGAAAUACAAGAGGAUAAAAAGCAAA